AUGGCCACUGAAGGUGCUUCCACUUCCCCCAUCCCCAUUGAUGAUCUCACGAAGAUCACUACCGAGGCUUGCGAGGAAGCAUUGAAGACCAGCAAUGGUUACGACCAUGACAAUGUCGGAACCUGGAACUCCCAAAUUAUCAACACUGUCCUCAAGGCCCUGAUCAACGCCACCGCACCUUCCGAAGCCUCCAAGCCCCCUCCCUUCCGUUUCACCGUGAACAGCACAAUCGUCCAGCAAGGCGUGAUCGACGAGUCCGCCGCUGCGGACGGCGCGCUCAGCAAUGCCGGCAAGCGCGGCAUGCACUCUGCCUCCGGCGCCUUCUGGGAUGUGAACCGCGAUGGCAUGUGGACUUUCAAGUACACCGGUGCCGAGGAGCGGGGGCUGGACGUUGUUGUCUGCGUCACCUGGUUUGCCGUCGUAUAA